AUGAGUGGUGAAGAGAUAAGUGAUGAUCCACUGUUUAUACAUCACAAUAAGUCACAUCAAACUGAGCUGAUGACUUCUCUUAAUCAACUGAGAUGUGAAGAUAUCUUGACUGAUUUAUCUUUUGAUGUUAAGGACCAGCUUUUUCCUUGCCAUAAAGCGGUUCUUUGUGCGUGUAGUGAAAAAUUGCGAAGGCGUAUUUGCAAUGAAUCCAGGAAAGACCUGGAACAUCACCUGGAGCUAGACACUGUUUUACACCUACGUGGAAUUGAUGCUUCUUCUAUGAGCUGUAUCCUUGAUUAUAUCUACACUGGAAGAUGUGCACUCGCAUACUCCAAUGUUCAGCAUAUUUUGGAUGGUGCACAUGAACUAGGCAUUGAGUCUCUUGUAGAUGAGUGUUUGAGCUAUAACAAACAUCCAAUGGAAGACGCAUCUUCAGUGCCUAAAGCAAAUAUAUAUACAACACGUUAUAAUGAAAUUUACCUCGAAAAGUUAAUAGAUAUUUUAUUUGAAUCCAGAUGUGAAACUUGGUCUAGAGAUGUCAUUCUCAGGAACUGUGGCAUUAAUAUGCCAUGUCAUCGAAUCGUUUUAGCAGCAUGCAGUCCUUAUUUCAGAGCUAUGUUUUCUCAUAAGAUGAGAGAAAGUACUGAACUUGUUGUGCCUAUUCAUGAUGUAGACAGUAAUUCUAUGCAAUUAAUUAUAAAUUACAUGUAUACUGGAAAGUUGCAUAUCUCCAACUGCACAGAUGUUCAGUCAUUAAUGACAACAACAAGUAUGUUCCAGAUAGAUGCAUUGGUUGAAGUUUGUACAGUGUUCAUUCAGACGAACAUUUUGGAUGUUUCUAACUGUUUUGAGAAGUUUAUUUACACUGAGUCUAUUGGAAAUGCCUCUCUCUGCCUUUCAGCUAAGGAAAUAUGCAUGAAACAGUUUGAUAUUGCUUGUCAACAAAAUGGGUUUCUCAACCUAAUGAAAGAUCAACUGAUUGAGUUCAUCUCAUCCAGUAAGCUUCAUGUAAAGCGAGAGGAGCAUGUUUAUGAAGCUGUCCUGAGGUGGAUAAAGUUCUGUCCAGAUGAGCGUUUGACAUGUUUGGAUUUCAUCAUGCCCCAUGUCAAGUUUGUAUUCAUGUCUGCUGCAUAUAUUGAAAACAAAGUUACAAAAGAAUGUCUUCUGAAUGGAUGUAAAUUGAUGGACGAUCUUCUUAGACAAACAAGUGCUUUAAAAAGUCUUCCUGUGUGUGAAAGGAUGACGAAGAAUCCAGAAUUGCGAAUGAGACAUUACACUGCAGAGGUUAUUGUUAUUCUUGGUGGAUUUUCUAAUCUUAGUUAUAAGAAGGUAGAAGAAAUUCAUAAGUUAUCAUGCUAUGACCCAGUCACCUGUGAGUGGUUAUCAUUGCCUGAUUUGCCAGUGCACAACAAUGACAAUGUCAUGUCUGUAACUCUUUCUGGUUUGCAUGGCUUGAACCUCAUUGCUGUAACAAAAAAUGGCAGCCAGUACAUUUAUGAAGCAGAGGCACGUCAUUGGCAGAGGCGCCCACUACCUUACCCACAUGGUAAACAUCAGAACGUCAAAGUUGUAUCUCCUGAAACAAACACUGUAUUAGUUUUAGGCGACAAAGCUGGGCCUUUUCUGUACAACAGGACAAGGGAAAUGUGGCAUGAGUUGCCCAAACUAAGAGAAAACUGUCUCACUGCAACUAUUUGUGAAAAGAAAGUAUUUGCAGUUAUUAAUAACCAGUUGUCAUCAUGCGUUUUGCAGACACCAUAUGGCUCUCCUCAUACUUUUGGUUGGUCCAGUGUAUAUACAUUUCUGCAGUGUGUUGAAAGUGCCCAAGCUGUCACAAUUGGGAACAAUAUCUUCAUACUGAUCAAUGAUUUUCAACUGGUGUGCCACAAAACCAAACAUGCCAAAACGUACAUAUUGCCUGGGAUCCCAACUGUUCCCAGGAUAUCAUGUACCUUAGUGUGCUGUAACAAACACCUGUACAUAUUAGGAGGACGUGAUGUGAAACACGAUAACAUUGAUGCUAUAGAAAUGUACGACUUUGAUAGCAAAACAUGGAGCCAUGUUGACAAUAUGCCAAAUCCUGUUUGGGGACACUGCUGCGUCACUGCAUCUAAAUUUCCAUAUUACAUUUAG